AUGAUCACCGAAUUUGCAUUAAUUAAACAAUCUAAUUAUCACCCACAAAAUACGGCGAAAUCUCUGGAUGGGAAUCAAACGUGCACCGGUAGCCGGCUAGUUAACGAUAAUCACCAAUUAGUUGAAAAUAUCAAUAAGUUAACGACCGAACUGGAAACCUGCAAAAAUAGACUGAAUAACAUUGAAAGUGGAAUAAAUUAUGACUCAACUCAUCAUUGCGCUCUCUUGUCAACAAUUGAACAUAAUGAAACAAAUAAUGUAGACAAUAGUAAACCUAUCACUAAAGUUUUAAAUUAUCAACGAGUAGAACGCCGAACAAAUGAAGCGCCAAAUCAGUCAUCCAAAUCAAUCAAAGUAAAAACAAAAGCUCCCACAAUAUCAACCAAGAAACAAGCAUUAAUUGUUCUGGACGAUUCUGUAAAUCCCAAUGAUUGCCAUUGCCUAAAUGAUAAGGCACCCGUGCAUGAAGUCUCUAUGGUCUCAAUUGAAAUUGCUGAUGAACGCGUAUCUGAAGCGGAACAGCAUAACAUUACGAAUAAUUUACCAACUACUAUUACAGACAAUAGUACCAUUAUAAUAGCUGAUGAAUGUGUAUCUGAAGUGGAUAAGCAUAACAUUACGAAUAACGUGCCAACUACCUCAGUAAAUAACACCAUUAUAAUGACUGAUGAACGAGAAUGGCUUGGUCACCUCCCUUUGAUUGAAGCACCUAAUAACACUACGAAUAAUUUACCAACUACUAUUACAGACAAUAGUAUAAUAGCUGAUGAAUGUGUAUCUGAAGUGGAUAAGCAUAACAUUACGAAUAACGUGCCAGCUACCACAGUAAAUAACACCAUUAUAGUGAAUGAUGAACGAGAAUGGCUUGGUCACCUCCCUUUGAUUGAAGCACCUAAUCCGGCUCCAUCAAAAAAUCUACUUUAUGAAAGCACUUUUCGAAGUAGAUAUAAUCCAGAAGCACCGCAUCAACAAUUUCAUAAGAAUAAGUACAACAACCGGUGUAUACGUAAAGGCCAGAACUUCAAGCGACCAGUUAUCCAUCGCAAUAAUCCAAUUACGCCCCAUUUUCGAUGGGACCAGACCAAAUACCACCCCCCACUACGAUCCGAGAGACUAACACAAAGUUUAGAAUGGGAAACGUACUUAGACUUUGUCCAUCAAAUGACAACGCCCUAUAUGCAUGGUCGACAAAAACUGACACAGUUUUUCUAACCGAAAGUUCUCCUACCAUCUACCCGAUCAAGGUGGUAUCUGGUCGAAUCCGUGAACAGAUUACUGGUGCUAAACUGAGAAGUAAUCCGCAUAACCUGAUCAACGUUACAUUAGAAAACCCAUUAAAAGCAGGGCCGCUACCUAAUUUAAUAGAUACUCAAGUCAGCAAUUCUAUGACAAUGUCUAGCUCAGAUACAGAAAUCUUACCAUCUCAAGGCCUGAUGUCUACCCAUCCCAAAUUUUUUCUUUCCAAUGUACGAUCCAUAUCCAAUAAAGUAGAUGAUUUUGAUGUUGUCGUCCAAAGAAAUGGCAUAGAUUUUGCGGGAAUUAUAGAGACAUGGUUGAAUCCUAGCAUCCCGGAUAGCUGUAUAAAUAUCCAUGAUUUUAACCUGGUUAGAAAAGACCGCUCUGGUCAACGCCGGGGUGGAGUUUGUGCAUUCGUAAAAUCAAAAAUCCCAUUUUUGCCUCUUCCUGACUUAUGUUGUCCAGAUCACGAGACUCUGUGGCUAGAACUAAACUAA